CCCAACCAAUAAAACCGAAAAAACAAAAAAAAACAGACGCAGUUUCUCAACGGUCUCAUCUUAAUGGACGACACAACGCCUUAUUCUAGGGCACAAACCGCCGCCGCCGGCGCUAGAUCCGGCGGCAAGAUCGUAAAAUCCCGCCGUCUCGCCGCCGCCAGAACACCCUACGACCGCCCUCCGCCACCGCCGCCGCAGAAUUCGACGAGUAAUUGGCUUACCGGAGGUGUUCUCCCGAAAACUUCGCGAAUCAUCGCGAAAGGCGCGAUGAAGCUUUUCACGUUCAUGACUGACACUAAUUCAAUCUCCGACGAGGAUGAAUCUGAAGAAGACGACGAUGUAGGUAGCUGUGAUGAUGAUGCCCCUUUUGAGAAGGAUGGUGCAUUUACAGAGACGAUCAAUGAAGAAGAACCUCAGAUUUCAGGGAAGAGCCCAAAAUGGGUGAUCGAAAAGCUUAUUCUUCAGGAGACGUUUUCAAGGGAAGAGUCUGAUAAACUGAUAGAGAUUAUUAAGUCACGAGUUGUAGAUUUUUCCACCAUCGUAGAGGGACAGGGUGCUGGUUUAAUGGUGACACCCGUCAGAAGAUAUGGUGAUGAUAUUGCUUCUUAUACUCCUGAGAGAUGCAGUAAAGCUGUCAUGGAAGCAAAAUCUUGGUUGGAGGAAAAGAAGGCAGGAUCAAGUUCCAAGUCUGAUAUGGGCCAUGAACUUUCUGCUUUUGGCUCUGUUCCAUUGCAGCAUAUUGCAAAUAUCGACAAGGGCUCACCUGUGGAUAUGGCCAAAUCAUAUAUGCAAGCUCGUCCCCCCUGGGCCUCUCCUUUAAGGCACUCUGGAUCAAGAACAACUUCACCGAUGGCUAUUGACCUCUUCAAAGAUGAAAAACUGUCUUCUGCUGAUGGCAGCUCUGUUCCCUCUGCUCAGAAAAGAGGUUCGCUUUCUGCUGGUUCUUGGACUAUCCAGGAGGAGAUUCGCAAAGUGCGUUCCAAAGCAACAGAAGAGAUGUUACGCAGUGUCCCAUCCACAAGACUUGAUCUUUCCACAUUUACUUCAGAGCAUAAAAAUAUCCAAAGUUCAGGUGUGCCUGAUGAUGGCAGUGACAAAAUGCAUUUGUCAGAAUCUUUACCUGAAACAGAACCUGUAGGUGCAUCUGUUAACUUGGUUGCAGGAUGUAGUACUACCCAUGACCCUAAAGGUUCUGCUUUGGAGAUGAAACAGAAUAGUUUGCAUACUGAAUAUUUGCCGGCCAAUCCAGAUGCAUCUAUUUCUGAACCUAAUGAGGAUCUAAAUGUUAAAGAGGGCACCACCACUUAUUCUCACCAGUCAAUCAGUUUGGAGCAUAUGGUCAAGCAGCAUGAUGAUCAUCUCUGUGCAGCAAAUGAUAUAAAUUCAAAAUCUGCAAGUAUUUCUACGAACAAUAAUAUUACGAACAGUGGACCGCCAAAUGCUAAUGGUUCAGCAUCUCCAAAAUCUAGUUUAUCAGCAGGUGCUGAUAUCGAACAACUUCCCAAGGAACUUGACAGCAAGCCAAUGACCAGCAUUUCUGCAGAAGAAGUCUGUGGCUUUUUAAGUGAAGCGUCUCUUGAAAUUCCAGUUGUAAAUGACACUGUCGAUGGAUCCCAGGACUUGCAGGUUUCCACCCACCAAGAAGAGACGAAGAAUGGUACGCCAGGUAAGGGAGAGAGAAAAUCUGGCAGAAUUCAAAGAAAGGGCAGGGGAAGGGGGAAAUGACCUCAUCGAAUCAAUGUGCCUGUAUAAUUUAAAAUUGUACAUUAGGCUAGAGAUGUAGAUGUACUUAAAAAGUAAACUCAGUUGAGGUGUAAAAUCUAGAUAAUAAUUCGCUAGUCCUGGGCCUCCUGGCCGUGUCUUCAAGUUUGUUUUCUUUUUUUUUUUUCACGAGAUUUAGUGCUUAGUGCGAUGUAAUUUUGUAAAAGAAAAAAAAAAUUAAGCGUUUCAUUAUUAAUCCGAUUGUACGCGCCUCUGCUAAUCAUCUUGGAUGCGGUCUGUUUUCUAACUCAUAAUUUCUGAUGUAAAAGAGCCUCGACUCUUUCGAUAA